AUGACUUCCUCCACUUCUUCUAUGACGACAAAAGUUAGCAUUACUCUGACCAGGCCAGAGGAUUGGGAUGAAUGGAUGCUUAUCGUCAAUUCGAUGGCACGAAACGGUGAUGUUAAGGAUCUUAUUAACCCUGACUGGCCUAUAGAACCUCCUCAGCUAUCUGAACCAAAGAGGCCAACCGCAGCAGACAUCAAGCCAGGCGCUGCUUCAUUGACAGAGCUUGAUACUGGUGAGCAGAAGCUAUUUACGCUUCUUCGAGAGGAUUAUAAGUAUGACAUGAUGAGAUAUAGAGACCGUCAGAGUGCUCUGAGCAGUAUUCAGGACUUUAUAUUGACCCGAAUCGAUCGUCAGCAUCUCAUCCUACUCGGAGGAAAGGAGACAGUGUAUCAAAUGCUCACUGCUUUGAAGAAGAGGCUUGCCCCAACUGAUAGGGCUCGAGAAAUGGAUGUUAUUCGACGUUAUAGAGAUCUUCAGAGAGCGCCGAAGUAUCAGCAGAUCGACAAAUGGCUCUUACAGUGGGAGAGAGUCUAUACAGAGGCUGAACAGCUCUCUCUUCCGGACGUCCAAAAGGAGCGUCCCUUAUACGACUUCUUGAAUGCCUUGAGGCCUGUGGAUACAGCAUUUGUAGCUGGUCGAGAGGCUACCGUAGAGGAGCGAAUUCGUCGUGGAGAGGAUCUGCCAACAGUUCUAGAUAUGCUAGAGAACUAUCGAAACCACGUACGAAUCUCAAAGGCCUUCUCGAAUAAGGGCUCCUCUUAUACAGCAUUUGCCACGUUCCAAGGAAGCCCAGAGGAUAAAGAAAAGAAGAAGCAGAAAUGCCCCUGUGGAGAAGAGCACUUGUUUAAGGAGUGCCCCUAUCUCAUAGAAUCUCUCAGAGCGUCCUCAUAUGGACUCCAGACGCAGAAAUCCAACAGAAGAUCGACGAGAAGCUGGAGAAGAUACCAAAGCAAAGCUGCGGUAGAAAAAGCCCAGAAGCAGGCAAAAGAACAGAAGAAGAGCAAUAAGAAGGAGGAGAAGUCAACAGAAAAGCCUGCUACAGCUAUGGGUGCUUUUGCUGUUGAAUCCUUCUCGUACAAACUCAAGAACUGCUGGACGCUUGAUUCUGGCACUGAUACGCACGUCUGCAAUAACCGUACGCGCUUCAAAUUCGAGCGUAUGGCCACUGAAGAAGACGUGCUAAUGGCCGGCAAAACGACGUACGCUAUCGAAGCGUUUGGACGCGUCGAAAUAACCGUCAAAACCCCCAGGUUUUCUGACGAAUCUGGUGUGCCUGCGACGUCCGUAGACGACUACUGGGUCCUUGAAUAUGGACCUCCUGAGCCUCUAGACGAUUCUAGAGCUGCAUUCGCUUUGAAUAAGCCUUCUAGAGCCCCAAAGGCCCCUGUGAAGGCGACAGCAACUGAAUGGCACAGGAUUCUUGCCUACGCAAGGCCAGAAUCCAUCGCUUAUCUUGAACAGAGCGUGGAAGGAGCAAAAGUUAUAGGAAGAGCUCCUUUUACUACUGAUUAUGAGACCUGUUUGCUGACAAAGGCGCACGAGUUAGUAUCACGGCGUACGGAUGAAGAGGAGCCUCCUAUAGAGCCUCUCUCUCGAAUAGGAGAGCGUACGCUCAGAAAAGCCUAUGCUGAAGUCACAAAGAAGUACAAAAUUACCAUAGAGCGCUCUGCUCCCUAUACUGCUGCGCAGAACGGUAACACAGAGAGAGCUGGGGGGGUACUGAUUCUGCGUGCUCGCGCUCUGCGAAUAGAAGCAAAAUUGCCAGAUGAGCUAUGGCCAGAAGCGUUCAAAACAGCAGGCUAUCUCAACAAUCGUACGCCAAAGAGAGGCCUUAGGUGGAAGACGCCUUUAGAAGCUAUUCUGAAGAAGCGUCUGCAGCUAUCUCAUCUUUACCCGUACGGCUGCAGAGCCUAUCCUCUUCGGAAGAACAUCUUACACUCUUAUAAGCUUGAACCGAGGGCCCUGAUAAGAAAUGCUGCAGAGAAGAAGAUCAGCGAACUAGCGAAGAAAGGGACAUAUGAGGUUAUUCUGAAGGAUAAGAUCAGCGAACUAGCGAAGAAAGGGACAUAUGAGGUUAUUCUGAAGGAUAUGCAGAAGGAGAUACUGCCCUUGACCUGGGUAUUCAAGUACAAAUUCAACACUGACGGAUAUCUAGAGAAGUUCAAAGCACGCUUGGCUUUCGAGGCUGCCCUGCUCAAACGCUUUGAAAUGAAGUCUCUUGGAGAGCUAAAAUGGUUCCUUGCUGACUCAAAGGGAGCUCCAAAAACGCCACUCCCUGCGGACGGAGUACCUCUAGCAAAUAACGACGAAGACUCUGAUCCACAGCGUACGCACGCAUUUCAGAGCAGAAUUGGCUCCCUGAACUUUGCCGCAGUUGUUACUCGACCGGAUAUAGCAUUCACAACGUCGAAGUUGGCGCAGAAUUGGAAGAAUCCCUCUGCAGCUCAUAUAGCUGUUGCUAACCGCGUUAUAGCCUAUCUCUAUGCCACGCGAAACUACGCCAUUGAAUAUGACGGUAGAGCUACUGCGCAAAUCUUCAUGGCAUCAAGCGACGCGGCAUACGCAGAUAACGAAAGUCGACAUAGUUCAGACGGCUAUCUUUUUCAGUUAUAUGGCGGUGCUAUCGACUGGCGCGCUGCGAAACAGCGUACGGUUACGACUUCUAGCACUGAAGCAGAGCUGCUGGCGCUUUCGAGGGCGGCUAAAGAGAUAAUUUGGUGGAGACGCUUCUUCGCAUCAAUUCGAUUCGAUACGCAGCAAGAGAUGGUCAUUAACUGCGAUAAUUUGCAGACGAUUCGCCAUCCCGCUUAUUUAAAUUCAGAGGUCCGAAUUACAAUGGCUCGAAACUAG